AUGGAAGUGUCGGUGAUAUCGACGGAAAGCAUCAGACCAUGGUCAUCAUCAGCAGGAAGAGACAACGAAUUCAAACCAUUCAAGCUAUGCCUACUCGACCAGCUCAUGUUCUCCACUCACGCUCCAGUUGUCCUUUUCUACCCCAUGAAGGAGGCCCAUCAUCCUGACGAGAAAAUGGUUGCUAGGUGGCUGAAAGAAUCCUUGUCCAAGACCUUGAACCCCUUCUACCCUGUAGCCGGGAGAGUGAAAGACAACCUCGUCAUCCAUGACUUCGAAAAGGGCGUCCCCUUCACCGAAGCCCGAGUGAAGGGACACAAUCUGUCUGAUGUUCUGACCUCGCCACGUGGGGGCGGUGGACCCAAGUUGGAGUUCCUCAACAACUUGCUCCCAUUCGAGCCAUUCUGUCAGGGACAGGAGAAUGUUGCAUCUGGUUCCCACACACAAGUAUCUGUGCAACUGAACACAUUUGACUGUGGUGGGAUCGCGAUUGGGAUCAACCUGUACCACAAGCUCAUGGACGGGGCGACCACCAGCGCGUUCCUCCACACCUGGGGAGCCAACUGCAGCAAUGAUCCUCAGCUGAAGAAGCAACCCGAGCUACACAAAGCAUCCUUGGUUUUCCCUCCCAGGUACUCGAUCCCUAUCGAGUCCCAGACAUUCUCGGACAGGAUGCUGUUUGAGGAUGUGGGAGGACAACGACGACAACAGGGUGCCUCGAGGAGAUUCGUGUUCGAUGAGAAGGCUAUCGCGACACUAAGAACCAAGGCGAGGCUCAGUGUCCUUCACCCGACUCGUCUUGAAGCUCUGUCCGCUUUCAUUUGGGAAUCGGCCCUUAGGGCAACGGCUGCUGCGGGUGAUGCGCAGCAGCUGAUGUUUCUCAUGCAGGGUGUUAACAUGCGGCAAUUGAUGAGCCCGCGCUUGUCCAAGCACUCCCUAGGAAACCUCGUGGCCACGGCGAUGGCGUCUUGCGUGGAUAGCUCCAACAGAUCGAUGGAGGAGCUGGUGAGCCUUAUAAGAGAUGGGAAUCUGAGGGUGGAUGAGAACUACCUCAACGCUAUCUCCGGCGACCAAGGUUUCCUGGCCAUGAUGCAAGGGCAGAAGUUUUUGCAAGAGAUAACAGGAGGGUUUUCACGAAAAACCCUAGCUUGCUCGAGUUGGGUUGGGUUCGGUUUCAAUAAUUUUGACUUCGGUUGGGGGAAGCCUAUCUGGUCCGGUUUGUUUGGAGACCCUAGUGGAGAACAUCCUUUUAUGAACAAUACCAUAAUUUUCAAGGAGGUGGCUGCUCGAGGGCAUGGGAACUCGAAAGCCAUAGAGGCGUGGAUAAGGCUAGAUGAAGAUGUCAUGGUUCUUCUUGAACAGGAUCCUCACUUCCUGGAGUAUGCUUCCCCCAAUCCUCCUCUCAUUCUUGAUUGA